UAUCUUCAGCUGAUAGCUUGUUUCGAAGCGCUUUUUCCAUUCCGGUCAUAAGCCCCCCUUGGAUAAACCCUUCCGUUUAUAAACCCUCCUAAAACCCUUUUUACAAAGAUGUAUAAUCCCACGGCUUAUAAGCGGAAGUUAAGGGUAUUUCAUAACUGGGGGCCGGCUUCGCCAAGAUCGGACUUUAUCUUUGCUGCUGUUUGUCAAAGUGAUUCUCACAAGAUAAUACUGUCUGAGGAAGAGAGACCCUGGAAGGAAUUGAAGAAAGGAUGAAGGAAGAUGAGAAAGAGAAGCGAAAAAACCGGUUAUGACUGCUAGUGGGAGAGGAUAGUGGACAGGGGGGGUAGCAGCAAGGACAAAAUAGGCGGUGGGAGGGGUAGGGGAGGCGGAAUCGGGGGAGAGGAAAUAGUGGAAGAUGGGAGUUCUGAAAGGGAGGGAAGCGAGAGAAAAGGGAGGAAAUACGCAAUAAUGAAACAAUGCUUUUAAAAUAUUUCGCAAUCGAAAAAGGGCAAAAAGGAGGAGGGCAAGGAAAAAGAAGCUGGAGCCCUAAAGUGCGAGCAGCGGGAGCCCCGGAAUGUGAGGAUCGAGAAGCGGAAACUUGGACCUUCCGCCGGCUCCCGCCUCCCGGUAACCCUGCUAGCUCGCUGCUCUAAGCCAAUAAGCAAAGUAAUACACACAUAUGCACGAUGUAAUACGCAUGUGCCUUUGAUUUCAUCAUCAUCUUUAUCAUCAUCAUUAUCACCACCACCACCACCGCACAUACGCGCAUAAUCAUCAAGGCGGCCUCAGCCACGCUAAACACCUGGGUCGAGUUGUUCAAAGCUCGGUCAAGAUAACCCAGGGUUAGUGCGAGAUUUGAAUUCAGAUUUGAAAGCUUAAAAAGCAUUUUAGUUUUAAUUCGUUUUGUCUACAAGUUGAUGAUUGGAAGCUCUAAAAAUAACAGAGAAAAUUUUCCGACAAAAUGCUUUUGAACACAAGAAAAAGAAACCUGGGUUAAUUUUAACCCCGGGUUAAGCGCUAAUCGGCCUUCGAACAACUGGGCCCUGGUUAUCCAGUUUUCUUUUAACUUCAUCACACAAAAAUGCUGGUGUGUACUAUUUUUACCUAACGACAAAACAUAAGUGAAAUAAAAGAGAAUAAAACGCAUUAGCGGAUUCAAACGCAACGAAAUGGACAAUUUUCCAUUUUGUUUCGGCAUUUGCCCUAUUGCGGUUGGGUUGAAGUAGUUCACAUGAGAUUUUUCUUGGGUUUACACUGAGUUCGCAUCACUUUUGAUUGCAAAAAGAAUACGUCGGUGGACAAAAACGCUCCCCACCCCCGACAUGUCGUAAUGCAAGCCACGUGCUUCUUACCUGACGUCACAGUGCGUGGUUACUCAACCGGCCGUCCACUGACAUCUCGACCGGAGUUGAAAAAUCUCGUUGAGUGCAAAAAGUUCAUUGUCGUUCGCUUUUUUGCCGAAUUUCAACAACCAUUGUCAUCAUUUCAGUCGAAAGCUUGAAUCUACUGUUUCUUUCGUUAUGAGUCAUGUGUCCCCAGCAAACUUUCAAGCUCUAGACCAGCGGGUAAGUGAGAAUUUUCCAUUCGGAAAAGAUGUCAAUUGUCGGCUUUGAAGACAAAGGCACAUGGCAGACAUUGUGAUGUUUCUUUAGAAUUUCGUUACUUCGACGUUCAGAAGAUGGAUUCCUGACGCGUGUGUUUUGUUUUUUAGUAUUGGUCAAGCUUUAAAUUGAGUCUUGUGUUGUCUUUUUCCCGUAGUUCGCUGGUCUGGACUUGAAUUCAGGCGCGGUAAACCAGCGCGCUGUCGAUCAUAAACCACAAGGUAUGUUACGCUGAAAAAAAAUGGUUAAAUGGUAAUUCAGGACCCAUUAACAGCAAAACAACUCUCUUAACAAGUGAGGAAGGAAAGAUGAGAUUUACCGGCGUCGUAGGAGCUCUAAUGCGUCUUUUGCACAGAACAAUAUGUCCUUUAUAGAGUUGAAAAUGUUUGGUUGGUAGAUUUUCCUAAUUUUCUUCUUGUCGCCAGGGUUUUGCGAUUUAUGUAAUCAAGCUUUAUUCCCUUUGCCAGUCUUUUUAUUUAAAUGAAGAUUUGAUUUUUCUUCACUUGUAAGCUUACUGCUAGUUUCUAAAAGAAACUUUGUUAUCUGAUAUCGUUAUUUUUGUCUCACGUCUGACACGAUUUUAACUUGAAGUUGAAAAAUUUAGGUUAAAAAUUGAACAUGGAUUUAUUCGAGGUGUUUUUGGCUUCCAAUUGUUUCUCAGUUAGUAAUAGCAAUUCGCUAUUUUAAGCUGAAAUCAUUCUUGAAAGUAGACUUAUGCGGGUCUUAUGUAAUAGAUCUAGACCGUUCUAACAUUUUAACUUUUACUUCAGGUUUUGUUUUUUUGUGUCGAAUAUUUUGUUUUAAGUUUUAAUGAGACUGUAGAUCUUUCCUGAACUCUUUUUCCUUGUCGCUGAGAAUUUUUCAUGAGGCAUAGAUUUUUGGAAUAUGCGAGAAGCGUCAUUUUAUGGGGGGCACACUGAGAUUUUGAGAUUGUCAUUAACACACAAAAAAUGUGCUAUAAAUUUGAUAAUGUCCUUUGUAACAAUCUUCAGUUUCAUUGAUGCUAUUGUUUAUUUGUUGCUGUUAACAAAAACAUUGUUUAUUUGUCCCUGAUCUUUCUGUAUGAUUAAAAAAUGGUUGUGAAAGAGGAGAAAAUAAAUUGGGAAAAUGUUGUUUUGAGCGCUGAAUUUAAUGUGAGGAUGGUAGGAGAAAUUCAGCGUUUACUUCCUCAUGUUAGUUGUAAAGUUUUGGACUAUGUCUGAGAUUUUCAGCCUCUGAAAACAUCUCAAGCACCCUCAACUCAUUUUUCCAAUCAUGAUCCUUGUAUCUCUUUUGAGGAGAUCAGCUUUUUUACAAGAUGAAAAAGUACUUAGACUCCUGAGUUUCAAUAACAUUUGAUUUUGAAGUAACCAAUAUUCUUACCUGAUUCGCAAGUAGCAAAUUUAGCUAUUUUCUCAAUUUGGAAAAAAUCAUGAAAUCUAAAAAUCCCUAAAAAUUCUCUAUAAAUCCCUAUACAUCCCUUAAAAUCGCAAAAUUAAAUACUCGCAAAAUAUGGCUCAUAUUUUUUCGUGAAAUUUAAUACUCGCAAAAUUAAGUGAGAAUAAGGUAACCAAAGCUACCUUCUUUUGGAUGCACUGGAGGCGAAAAUCUGGGUUGAAUAGUGACAGUUAGCCUGAGAAAACAGUUGAUAUUUUGCAAUACCACCAUUAGUUUCCUCACGAAAUGUCAUCUGAGGAACGAGCCCUGAAAUUCUAUUCUGCUGAUGUGUGACUGCCCAGAUCUGGGUAGUAACACAUCAGCAGUAUGGAAUUUCUUUACUGUUUCCUCUGACAUCAUUUCGCAGGGAAACCUGUGGUGGGGUUCUGCAAUGUUAGCUGUUUACUAAGGCUAGACGCCAGUUUGAGUUCAAAUAGACCCCCAUUUUAGAGACCUUUAGCUUUAGGUUUUUCAUGAGAAACCGCAAACUGCAAUGUAUUUGCCCUUUGUUUUCAUGUUGGUUAGCAAAAAGGCAAACAUAGAACAAGAAGGGAACAAAUAAAGAAAAGUUCUUAUGAUAACAUUAAUUAUUGCAACAUUUAUUUUGACACUGCUUUUGUUGUUAUGUAGAACGAUAUGUACCUCCCCACCUUCGCAACAGACAAGGUCCUCCUUCUGGUAGAGAUGGGUAUCAGGAUCAAAUGUACAACCCUGGACCACGAGACUUUGGACCCAGAAAUCCUUACAGAGGUUUGUUUGCACGUUCAUUGUUGUAUUAAAGUCGGUAACAGUAAGUUGUGCAAAAUAAUGCUCUUGUAAAGUCAAAAGAACGAGUGAAAUUUACCAGUAUCGUUGAAGCUGUGGCUGCCAAUGUAGGAAAAACCCUGGUAUGAAAUAAUAAUCAAUGAUGUUCUUUACUUUCUCCAGAUGGAUUUUAUCAACAAAACUAUUAUGGGGGCUACGGAAGGGGUGGUGGAAGAGGAGGGUAUGGUAACCCUGGUAUGUACUAUGGCCGUGGAGGAGGGAACAGUUGGCGAGAACGAGGUGACAACCGAGGGUAUAGAGGAGGCAGUGCCAACAGUGGUAAGAGAUGAAAUACCUGUGUAACCUUGUAAGCCCCAAGAGUUAUGACCAACAUUUUUUCCUCCCAACAAUAUAAAUCCAUAAUCACAAGGAAAUGCUUUUGAGAAUUAAUGAAAUGAUCACUCAAGGGUAAACACUUUGAUCUUUUAUCAAAUUCUCUCCACCAAUUUUUUGUGGAAAUGUAUAGAAAUCGGUCUGGAGAAUUUGUAAAGUGGAUAUAGAGACUUAGGGUUAACAAUUUAAGCAUUAAGCCAGUGUAGUCAGUGGUUAUUUCUAUACAUGUAAGUGUGUGUGGCCUAUAGAUUGAUGAAAUGUGUCUUUUAGAAGUAUGCCAAGUAAAAUAAUGAUAAAGACUUUAACAACUUUUAAAACUCAAACAAACAAUGUAGGACCAAACAACCCUGAUAAAAGGGUAGAUUUGAGUCAAUUCAAAUGAAUUUUUGUAAAAAAAAUUUAUAAUGUUUCUUGUUUCACAUUUAAGUUAUACAUAUUUACUGUAUUUGCUACCUCUAGAAAUGAAAUUGUGGUAUCAUUCCAAAACUAUUCCACCUGAAACUGAUCACUGUUUCUUAUUUUUUUCAUGUUAUUUCUUAGACUAUGGAAGAAACUUUCAACCACCACCAGAAGACUGGUCUAAGUUGUUGCCGCGAAACGAUCGUGUGGAAAGGUAUAGAUUAUAUGUUAUUGAAAGGUGUGCCUGUAUGCUUCUCCUGAAAUAUGAUUAACAACUAAGCCGUGCCGCUGUGUAAGAAUAACAGUUUAAGGUAACAGGCCCAAAAAGCUAUAAAACAGAAAUUUAUGGUUAGUUUUAACUUAACCCUAAUUUUUAUUUCAGGGAACUUUUUAACAAGCAUAACACUGGAAUAAACUUUGACAAGUAUGAGGAUAUUCCUGUUGAAGCUACUGGAAAUGAUGUUCCCAAGUGCAUUGAAUUGGUAAUAAUUGUGCUAUAGAGGGUUGUUUGCAAAUUUACAACUGUUUUUGUCUCUUAUGUUACUGUACACUGAGAAAUUGCACCAUUUCAAGUCACAGUAUUAACCAAACAGAAGAAAAACCAGAGACAAUCACAGUGAUACCUGUUUUUAGCACUAAUAAAAAUGGACAGAGUAUCUCCUCUGAGCAGCAAUGGUGAAAGUAAUUAUUUUGAAGCCUGGGUCAGUUUAAUAAAACUUUCACACAUGUAAUUUACAAGUGUAGCCAUUGUUCUAGAGUCUGAGAACAAUAGCUACACUUUUAAAUUACACUUUGGUUUUACACCCCUGGUUUUACCUUUGAUUAUUACAUACAGCUGGCCCCAGUCAUUCAAUCUUUGGAUAGUACUAUCUCCUGGAAAAAUCACUAUCCAGUGGAUAACCAGUUGUUCUAUUUAGUGGAUAGCGAUUUAUGCAUUGGAUAUUGUUAUCCACCUUUUGAACAAGUGGGGCCUGGACUACCUUAGCCUUGAGUCCUGUCGAGGCGAUUGCAUUCCUGAAGCAGUGUCAGAUCCAGACCUUGAGAUACGAGGAGGGGAGGGCGGUCAUCCAGACCCUUAGAUAAGGGGGAGGUGGGGGGCAGUCUCCAAGAAAAUUUUUUUGGCUCAUCGGGUCUUAGUUAGGAGGGGCCUGGGCCCCACUUGUCCCUCCCUUGGAUCUGCCACUGUAUAGCCUGUGUUGCUGGGGAAGCACAAGGGUUAGGGUGAAGAUGCUAAAAAAAAGCUGGGGUGAUAGAAACACGUUUGUCCAAGUGGUUUUCGAUUUUUGUAUCCUAUAUAAUGUAUGUCAAAUUUCAGAUUAGAUCAUAGAGACCAACCCCAUAGCAGUGCGUUCAUUAAUGUUUUACUACAAUUGAGUGAAAACAUGUUUACUGUACAUGUAUUUAGUGUUACAGCAAAUGAUCUUAAUUUGUUUCCUUUGUCCCUAUUAGUUUACCGACUGCAACCUCGGUGAAAUCUUACACAACAAUAUUGGGGUAGGUAAUUGCAAUUUUUUAUGUCCUACUUUCAUACGCAAGAGGAGUUUCAUGUGACAUCUAGACUUUUCAAACUCAUAAAGAAAAUACAAAGGAAAUUAAUGAGUGUUUAGGAAUGAGAUGAAAAACUGCUCAUUUUUGCAUCCUUAAUUUCUCCUUCCAAAAUCCUUUUGUUUGAGAAAUAACAUCAAGUAAAAUUCUAGUUUUUUCUAUAGUUUUUUCUAAACCAGUGUAAAGACUUAAGAUGCCAGAUGCAAUACCCUCUACAGUGUUUGAUUUAACUUUAAAAUGACCAAUUUUAUUAGGCUUGCAGAGAAACUGUUAGAUUUUGCUGUUUAUUAAUUUUUCUUAUAGUUGGCAAACUAUUCCAAGCCUACUCCAGUUCAGAAGUAUGCCAUAACCAUUGUUAAGGCCAAAAGAGACCUGAUGGCUUGUGCCCAGACUGGUAAAUUGUCUCAAUUUUCUUCCUUGUGAUUACUUUUUACCUUAAAUGUUAAGGCCGUUACUUAUUGUCGGUGAGAGAAAUAGAUGGCAUUAAAGAUGAGAUAUAUAAAGAUGAGCUGUUUUAAUGUGAAUCAUUGACUUUUACAACGUAACUGUCAUACUUGUUUGAUUUUUAGGAUCUGGAAAAACUGCAGCCUUUUUGAUCCCAAUUCUCAGCAGGAUUUUUGAAGAAGGUCCACCACCCCCUCCUGAUGUAAGCAAGCCUUUUAAUUUUUGUUUGCUUUUAAUGAUAAGGGGCCUCAAUGAUGACAACACCUGUAAGUGCACUGUACAUGUCCCAUGUUAGACACAUUUUAAAACUUCCUUCCAAGAGACUCUCUUCUUCUUGGCCUCUAGCAGUAGGGGAGCGGUGUGCAAAGAAAGUCGUGUCCGAUAGCCUGGGGCUAGUGGAUUUUGCUAUUGGGCUAGUAAAUUCUGUUCUUACUUGACUUGCCCAACGGGCAAGUGAAGUUUUUUUAGGAAUUCAAAUUAAAGAAGAACUGUGAAAUUUAUCUGCUCAUCAAAACAUUUUUGGGGCUAGUUGAAAUGAUGUUUGGGCUAGUAAAUGUUAAACCCCGGGAAGGAAUAGACCCCUGGAACAAAGUUGGAUUAGGAUGAAAAUGAGAGAUGAAAAAAUGGCCCCCGAGUUGACAACACCUGCAAGCCUACUAUUUCCUACAGUAGGGCUUUAUCUAUGUGUUUGUCUGUUGAAUCUACAUGGGUGCUGUUUUCCCAGUUAAACUUGGAACCUCUGAGACUUGUGACAUGUGUCAGAGAUUCCUGUUCUGCAAUGUUACAUUUUGCUUGGUUAGUUACCUUUGUACAGUUCAGUGGUUUAGACCUGUAAGCUUCGUUUUUUCUGGCCAGUCCCAUUUCAACAACUGAGAUUUGAACACUUCAUGAAAAUGCUGACAAUUUCCUUUAGGUGAGGCAACAGUCUCGACGAAAGUGUUUCCCUAUUAGUCUGGUUCUUGCACCCACAAGAGAGCUUGCAGUCCAGAUUUUUGAUGAAGCCAAGAAGGUAUCAGAUCUUCAUAUUUUUACCAUUUUGUGUUUUGAUGUUUGAACUAUCCAAUGGACAUGUAUACUAAAUUCAUAGAGUUCUGUUUGUAUUUUGGGUACACAUAAUGAGUCAGAUGAAUGAGGUUUCAAAUAACCAAAAGACUGUCAAACUCUGAAGUUCAGCUGUGCUUGCAUUAUGACAUUAUUAAAUAUAGCAGAGAAGAGCAGCUGAAGAAACAAGACCUUGCCACAAUAUUAUUGUUGUUAGUUGGUGCACAUUGUUUUAUGGAGGGAGAUAGGGUAAAUUUCUUAGAAACUACACUAGAUAAUAUCUGACCUAUCCAUAAAUCAUCUACAAAAAGUCUUGGGACCUUUACUUGAGUUCAAUCAAUACUGUGCCCUAAGAAAAAUUGAAGGGAGUCCAGUGAUCUGAACAUGUGAAAUCCAGGGUGCCCAGCAUAUGAUUUCUAUGAAAAAAAACUAAGAUUUUCUAGUCACUUGAGAGCAAAAGUAAGCUGCUGGGUACCACUAGAGCACAGCCUUGUCAAUCUCAUAUUUUUUCUUCAACCCUUUGCAGUUUGCUUACCGAUCAUACGUUCGUCCCUUUGUUGUGUAUGGUGGUGCUGACAUUAAUUCCCAAUUAAGAGACCUGGAAUGGGGCUGUCAUGUCCUGGUGGCCACACCCGGUCGCCUGGUCGACUUGAUGGACAGGGGACGCAUUGGACUGGACAUUUGCAAGUAAGUUCAAGUCACAAGUUCUUACAUUCAUACUGUCACUGAUCAGAUACAUCCUCAUGCUUGUAAAUUAAAAGGAGAAUUUAAUUUUGGAUCAGGAAUUUCACUUUUGGCCAUAUUCUGUGCACAUCUUAAAUUGAACUUCAAGAUAAUUCAACCCUCUCUGCUGGAACAUUCUAACUGUUAGUCACUGUCAACUGAAGGAGGAACCAGCCUAGCCCGGAUGUCCAUCCUUGCAUCGGUAUUCUUUACAUUGGGGUCUGUCACAAAAGGUUUGGUUGUAGUAGACUGUAGACAAAACCCCAGACUGUGAGCAUUCAUAUAAAUCAAAGUUCUUGAUUACAGCACUUCUCGCUGCUGUACUGUGGGCAAAGUUUCUACAUGUAUUUGAUUCAAAAUGUCAUAUCAUCAGGUUUCUUGUGCUUGAUGAGGCUGACCGUAUGUUGGACAUGGGAUUUGAGCCCCAGAUACGUCGUAUUGUGGAUCAGGAUACUAUGCCUAAAGCUGGUGAUCGCCAAACACUGAUGUUUAGUGCCACAUUCCCUAAAGAAAUCCAGGUGAGUUAUUGCAGCUGACUAGUGUUUUUUGCAGUCUGCUAUGUGUGUGAAUCUAAACUUAAUCAGUGCCAGCUACUGAUGCUGUUUGUGCAGAAGCACAAACAAGCCUCUCCUAUGACCUUCCGAGGUUGCUAAUGAUUAAUAGUUUAUUGUUCAUAACUGCUGAAAAUGCCAUGAGCUAAAUUAUUCAGACCUUAUCGAAAUGUGCAAUCUGACCCAUAUAUGCAAAAGUAUGGGUAGGAUUUUUUAUUCUCUAUGCUUGUUAUUAUGAAUAGUAUAAUAGUCUUAUUGGAUAAGUUUUAGUUCUUCCUAAAGGUUGUUUUCUUUUUUGUUGUUUUAUUAUUUUCUUGUGUACAUAUGCUAAAGUUGAAAACAUAUUAACCACUGAGAUACCUAAGGAGUCUUGUUAGGUAAAAUACAUUUAGAGGUAGAACUCUUGUUCAAGGUGACAGUUUAGUGGAAAUCUUUCUUACAGAUGCUUGCAAGAGACUUCUUGGUGAAUUACAUCUUCUUGGCUGUGGGACGUGUGGGUUCUACAAGUGAGAACAUCACACAGAAAGCAGUGUGGGUAGAUGAACCAGACAAGAGGUCAUUUCUACUGGAUCUGUUAAAUGCUUCAGGUAAGAGCUUAGUUGUUGAAGUGUCUGCCUUGGUUUAGAUUGUUGGUGUUUUGGUAUCUCUUUACAUGUAAGACCUACAGCAUUUUAAAAUGAUCAUAACUGUUCAAUUAACAAAUCAACAACAAUUUUAUAGGGUGUGUACUCUUAUCAAGCAGGGUGUUUAUUAGGCAUUGAACAUUGGAGAAUUCUCCAUUCACUACACAGAAUUCUCCGGCCAACAUUUGGUAGCCUCUGACUAUUUUUUCUUCAGAUGUGGAGUCUCUUUUCGAAUAUUCUCCUGUAACAUUACACCUUUUUCCUGCUACUAGAAUUCGUAAUGAAAACCCUGAUCAACCAUAGAAAUGACAUGUUAAUGUUCAAAACUAAAGUGGAACCAUGAGCUGCUGAGUCACUCCCUGUUAGGAAGGAGCAUUCAAAUCAUGCUUGUUGAAACUUGUAGAACAACUUCUAAAACUGAACCAGUCAUUUCUGGUCAUUAUACUUUGUGAUAAACUAAAAAACUAAAAUUUAUUUUCUUCCCUUUGCACGUUGCUCUAACUAUCAGGGCAUCCUGAGAGACACUGCUAGCAAAAAGUGAAUCUUGAUUGAUUCAUACUGCCUUAAAGGCAUACCAGAUUUUCUCAAAGUGUAAACAUGGGUUAGUACAACUCACUGUUGUAAUUGACAAAUCAGAGUGCUGGCUUUACCUUUUUUUAAGUUCAAUUAUAUGUCUAUUCUAGUAAUGAGUGAUGCAGUCCAAUAAUUUUUAAGUAAUUAUUGGUAUCGACUGUGUUUGUUUACUUCUAUUAGGUCCUGAUGCCCUGACGCUUGUUUUUGUGGAGACCAAAAAAGGCGCUGAUCUCUUGGAAGAGUACCUGUGUAAUGUUGGCUACCCUGCAACCUCCAUUCAUGGUGAUCGCUCACAGCGUGAGAGAGAGGCAGCCCUCAAUUCCUUUAAGAGGGGUGUCACCCCAAUUUUAGUGGCCACUGCUGUAAGUUUUAUAUAUGUUUUCAUGUGCUUGAACUUGUGGUCACAUUAUGAGUUCUUUCUUUUCUUGAUUUGGAUUUGUUUAUUACUUUGUUCAUUCUAGGUUGCUGCUCGUGGCUUGGACAUUCCUAAUGUGCGCCAUGUGAUAAACUUUGACAUGCCAACAGAUAUCGAGGAGUAUGUGCACCGUAUUGGACGCACAGGCCGUGUGGGGCAUACAGGUAACCAAUACAACUGCAUGACUUGAAUGUUAUUCCUGCGCAUAUGUAGAUGCAGUAAUACUCCUUUUGGGGUGAAUGAUAGUUGUGGUGCCCUAGUUUUGUGGUUGUUAUGUCAGACUUUCUAGUUUUUUAUGCAGGUGUUUUUUUAUCUUACUUAUUGUAUGCCUUGUAUUUUCUUGAACGGAUAAUUUUUAACCCUUUUACUUCCCUGUGUGGCACCAUACAUGACAUGCAUGGGACAAAGUGCCCUGUUCAUGUCUUUUCUUUUGAGUAUUCCCCCUUUUGAUUCUUGAACCAUGUUAUGUAUUUAUAUAUAGACUUAUACUUCAGAGGUCCUGAAUUCAAGUCUUGCCCCUUUUUCAGUCUUAACAGAAAAGCCAGAGGUGAAGUCCAAUUAAGAAAAUAAAGGAAUUUUUUGUCCUGAAGUCAGUUGUUUUGAAUCGGUACAUAGAAUAUGGUGGUAAAUGACUCCUGGUCUAAUAUCAAAAUCUCCCAGGCUUUGAUUUAUAAGCACUGACAAGGCAAAUUGGAACGAGAACCGUAGCAAUAAUUAAUAUAAGUCACUUAGGCCUACAUCCAGGCACCCCUUAAAUAAUAAAAAUUGUUGUGUGCUAUAUUCUGUCAGGUCUUGCAACAUCAUUCAUCAAUGAAAAGAACCGUAAUGUAGCCAAGGAUAUGGUUGAGCUGUUGAAUGACACCAGGCAGGAAGUGCCAAACUGGCUUGAGUCUCUUGCUUUUGAGAGCCAUCAGAACUCUGGAAGGAACAGGCAGCGGAGGUUUGACUUCAUUCCACUUGUUUGUUGGCUGUUAUCCCUUUAAGCCCCAGUAUCUACAUACAAAUUCUCCAAACUGAUCUCUAUACAUUUCCUUAAAGAACGAGUUAAGAGAAUUUGUUAGAAGAUCAAGGCAUUUUUACUUAGAUGAUUAUUUUAUUAAUUCUCAUAACUUAUCUGUUGACAAUGUAUGGAUAUUGUUAGGAGAAAAUUGAUCUUGGUCACUAUUGGGACUUAAAGGGUUAUUUAACCCAGAGCUUUCCCUAGCUUGAUAUGAGAUCUCUCUUCCAAUGCCACUGCAGGGUAAAAUUACUGAGUUUCCUUUACAUGAAUGAUAAUGGCACAUGAUCAUGAAUCUGGCGGCAGACUCUGGUUGUUAACAGAAUUUUUUUUUGUGAAGAAGGAGUAAAUUGUGCAAGGGGAAGCAUGUUUUAGUACACAAAACAUAGUGCCUAUCAUAGCAAACAACACAGAACACAUUACUAUUGUGGAAGUCCAUUACUUUCGUAAACCACGAUUUGCUGUUGAAUUCAUUUCUACACCCAGCCCUAACAGUAAAACACCUUAGUACAGCAUUUCAGAAACAAGACUAUUCUUGUGUUUUGUAUAAAUAGUCAUUCACAGAGUUUGAAGUUCUGUUGAAUGAUUACUAAUGUCCAGAAUUACAUGAUGAUUAGCAAAGAAACUCACAGAAAAUCCUAACUUUCCAAUAGGCAUCCGGGUGGUUUUGGAUCCCGUGACUACAGGCAGCAGCCACAUCACCGUGGGGGUGGAGGCGGAGGCCAACACUAUGGGGGGUAUGGUGGGUAUGGCAACAUGGGCUACUGGAAUCAAAACCGCCAUCAUGGGCACAGUGCCGGAGCUACCGAUUGGUGGAACUAGAGCAUGUCGUACUGCUGCUACUAUCAAGAGUUAUUUUGUUUCUUUGUUUGGUUAACGUUGAAGGAGUUAACCCAUUUUGUUCAGUCUUUGAUGAAAUAAGUUAAAAUUGGAAAUGUCGCAUUGGCAAUAUCUGGCAUCAAAUAAGGCAUCUGGUGGUUAUGGAAUGGUGAGGAUGAAGCAGUUUUUGGCGACUUGGUUGAUCCCAGGCUAGAAGGGAUCAAAGCAAAAAAAAGAUGACCUGGUAGUCUUCACUCUAGGAAGUGCAGUGGUCCAGAGUGCAUCCAUACAAAGGCUCUUCAUUGAAUGUCCUCAAGGAAAGGCUUGGUUCAGUUUAUACAGACUACUGCCACAAAGCACCCAGAGACAUGUUCUGUUAUUGUUUUCAGGGCACAGUUCACAAAAGCCUGUUUUAACAUGCUUAAUGUACAGACUUCUUGCAGCAGACACAGAAAUGGGCAUGAGAAAAUCAGAAGAAAUAUUUAACAUCUUUGGUGACAAUAUUUUGAACGCUAGCAUCGUUUUUAGAUUGAAGUCCAUGUAUGAAUACUAUUAGUAAUUCACAUGUGUUCAAACAGAUAAUAAUUAUUAACUGUUGUAGUUAGUUGAAAGUACUUGAUGAGAAUGAUUCCAUGACUACAUUUACAUUGAGAGCUUUAGUUGUGAGAGACUUACAAGGUUAGGCUUUCCUUGAAGCCCCAUCAAAUGAAGGUGGUUGCUGUGUUGCAUAGGUUGACCGCCAGAACUGUCUUUAAAACCACUUGAGAUUUCUAGAAGUUUGCUUAAUAUGUGUCCGUUGUUCAAGUUUCAUUAUGGCUGGCAUGUUCUACAGGGAGAUAAAAAGAAAAAAGAUAUAUCUUGACACGCCUCAGGAUUUUGUUUGGAUUCAAAAAUGUAGGAUCUGCAACAUCAGCAGGUUUUUGACUCUAAGAAAAAAAAAUGCCCUCUUUUCUGAAACAAUGAGCAUGCAUGUAAUGUUGGAAUCUAAAAGGCUUUCCUUUGUGUCAUUUUUAUUACCAGCAAAUCUUGAUGAAAUGGCAGUCAUUUGAAAGCUUCUCACAUAUGCAAAACGAUGUACAUUCACAGCAGAAGAGAUAAGAAUAAUAGUAAUAUUACAUGCUUGGUGGCUUUAUAGAUACAUAUGUCAGAGUAUUAAUUUUUAAUAGAGAAUAAUUUUAUACUCUGGGUUUUUGGCCACCUUUAUUUUGAGGAUAAAGAAAGGAAGAGAGCUGUGAGUUGUAAAUCCGAAACAUGUACCAAAUUAUGGUUUUGUAGAUAAUCAAGUUUCUCUUCUUCCCGCAAAAGAAGUUUAAUAUAUUUUAGUGUUCUUUGACUUAAAAAAAGAUAACUUUCUGCUUUCAGGGGGUUACCUGUACAUUCUAAAAUUUACCUUUAGUUAAAGAAAAUCUGAAUUGAAAGCAGAUGAAAAAACUUUCACACAGGACAGUCUUCUGGACUUUAUUCACAGACUCUAGAGAGUUACAACUUCAGUUUAGUCUAAUUUUUGCAACUUAGAGGCAGAAUCAUAGGUAAUGCAUGGUUUCCUGAGUUAUUAUUAAUAAUAAUAUUUUUUGUCUUCUGUUGUGAUAGUGUAGCUGUCUGCCUUAUACCCCAAAAAAGUUGUCGCCAAAGUAUUUAUGAUGAAUUGCUAGGAGAGAAAAAUGUCCAUUUUGAAACAUCAGAGAGGUUUUACACUUGACUCACACUUGAGUGGUAUCAAUAUUUUUUUUUAACAAUACAAAAUUUUCUCCUACACGCACUAAAUAGAAUUGUACAGUAGUAGUUUAUGAAAUCCUUUAGAGCUGACUUAGGCAAAAAAGUUGCAGGGUUAUAACUUCACUUUUGUAUUAACAUUCAGUUAAGGAAAACAUCUCAAACAAGCUUUUACAUAAAAAAGCAUCCCUCAAAUGUGGAAAGUGCUUUUGACAUUUUUUGUGGGCUUUUAUGUUCGAACUAAAACAAGUUAAAGAGCCCAAAGAUGCUAUUUUAUUUGAUAAAAAUCAUGUUGGGUUACAAUAGAAUGUUUCAAUUCAUCAUGGAAAAUGAUGUUUCACUUUCUGUGCAUAGCUGGUUAUCCAUCUGAAUAUCUAGAAAUAAUAAUAUCGUCUAUUUGAAGUUUCCGCAAUGUAAUAUGCUCACAUGUCUAGAGUAUUUAUUUUGUUCAAAAAUUAUGAAAAGAGUUCAGCAGAAGUUUCCCGUACCAGGCCAAACAAAUUUGCCUUUUGGAUGUUUAUUAUUAAGGAAAAAGUAAUGACUGAUAUUUCUAGUAAAUGUCAGUAAUUAAAUUAGAUAUACUAUAUCAAGAAGUGUAAUACCAUGCAAGGUAGAAGUCAAUUUUAACACCAAACAUUGAACAUUUUUUUCUUUUUUACAAAAUACUGAGAUGGUACCUUUAUAAGCAGUUGUUAAAGAGUGAGCGGAAGCCAAAAUGUGGAAGUUUCUGUGCAAACAGAUUGACUUGUGUAACCUCACUCUACUUAAGACUGACAUCCUAUAACCAGAUUCAUAUGACACAAAACUAGGGUUCAGUGUCAGUUUGGCUGGAUCACGUAAAUAUUGUUUCCUGUUUAGCGAAGGGAUAUUAAUCUUUAUCGUCUUGCCCAUAGCACAUCUAUCCCCUGAUGGUUUGGUUUAUUGCUUCUACCUUGCUUCUUUUGCUGGCAGAUCAAGGAAUGGUGUAUAUGGACAGCAUAUUUCAGUGAAGUGUGCAGUCUUCAGUCACUAGUCUAAGUUUAGUUAGUUAAUGUUUAUUUUGUUGAUAUGGGUCGUUUCUUGGGGGAGAGCUCACUGCCUUGGCAGUCACGUUAUUUGUAUUUGAUGUCAGAAGCCAAUAUAUUAUGAACAUUGCAGUG